AUGAAGUGGGCUACCAUCACCGCGGCUUUGCUGCCACUGGCUUCGGCCAGCGGCUUUACUCGUCAGGAAUAUGCCUCGGGAGAGGUUAUGGAGCUGAUGAUGAACGGCAAGGAGACUGCAUGGGCAAAGCAACGUGCUGCUGGCAAGUUCGAUAGCGCCAGAUGGAACGGCUUUGAGAAGAAGAGGACCGACAAGAGCGUUAUCAAGUGCAAGUUUGGUCGCGUUGAGGCUGUCAAGGACGACCCAGACCAGACGUACAGGUGCAACAACAUUGACUUGUACGACUUCAAGACGCACGCCGAGCUUGGUGACCCCAUCGGAGACGGUUCUGGAUCCUGGGGAUGGACACACCGUGGCCGUGAAUUCAUUGCCAUCGGCCAAACCUACGGCGCUUCCUUCUCUGAGGUUACUAGGGAAGGAAAACUCGAAUACCUUGGUCGUCUUCCCGCUCAGAACGACUCUGUCAUCUGGCGCGAGAUCAAAGUCCUCGGCGACUCUCUUAUUGUUGGAUCCGAGGGUAUCGGCCACCACGUCCAGAUCUUUGACUUGAAAAAGCUUCUUAAGCUUUCUCCCAAGAAUCCUUACACCUUUGAUAAGGUUAAGGAUGUUGCUCUCGUCGACAUCAACCAGGGUAUCAAGGGUCGUACCCACACUGUCGUUGCCAACGAGGAGAAGAACUACGCCGUUGCCUGCGGAGCCGGCGGUCGACCAGGCCGUAACGAUACUUGCGCUGGUGGUCCCAUGUUCAUUAACAUGGAUGAUCCAACCAAGCCCUAUGUUGAGGGUUGUUAUUCCGGGGAUGGGUACGUUCACGACAGCCAAUGUAUCGUUUAUAGAGGCCCUGAUCGACGUUAUUACGGACGUGAUAUCUGCUUCCUCUACGCAGAGGAUACAUUAACCAUCAUUGACGCAACGAACAAGAAGGGUUUCGGCACCGCUGGAAAAUUGAUCUCCAGGACACCCUACGUCGGUGCUUCAUACACGCAUCAAGGAUGGGUGAUUGAUCCGUACUGGCAGACACAUCUUGUUUUGGACGACGAGCUCGACGAGGGUCAGAUCGAUCCCAACCGCACUGCUGUAGACUCACCUGCGCGCGAUGGCUUUGCCGUAACGUAUAUCUUGGACAUCCAGAACCUUGAGAAGCCUUUCGUUAGUGGUCUUUACAAGACUACUGUCCGCUCCGUCGACCACAACCAAUAUGUGUACGAUGGUCUUUCCUACCAGUCCAACUACCAGGCUGGGCUUCGCAUUCUUGACGUCUCUUCGAUUCCAAAGUAUCCAGAUGGCUCCAAGGUCAAGGAGAUUGCGUACUUCGACGUCUACCCUGGUGAUGAUGCCAAGCCCGGCGGUGGUGAUGCUCUCUGGGACGCCGGCACCUGGUCCGCCUACACCUUCGACUCCGGCUACGUCGUCAUCAACACCAUCGACCGCGGUGUCUUCGUUGUUAAGCAGGCCGAUGUCAAGGGCCGCAAGAAGGGCAAGGGUCAGUUCUGGAAGGACUAG